GAACAGUAGGAAGUUCCAGCUGGUGAGAAAAACCUUGAAGCAGCACUGCUGGGGCAUUUACAUCUGGCAGGACCUGUCUUUUCCUUGGGACUGUAAAUAUACUGCCUGUGCAGGAUGUCUGAGAACAAGAGGAAGGGCAGAGGAAGGGGCAGAAAGAACAAAGAAGGGGGGACAGAGGAAAAAGAAGCAGGCCCCACAGAAGCUGUCCGUCCAAAGCUCAAGAAAUUGAAGAGCUUGAAUGUGGAAGUGGGAGCAAAAGUUUCUAUGAAAUGCGAGGCGAGUGCUGGAAAUCCCCAGCCAUCCUACAAAUGGUUCAAAGAUGGCAGAGAGCUGAAAAAGAGCAAAGAUAUCCGCAUAAAGUAUGGGAAUGGAAAAAAAAAUUCCAGAUUGCAAUUCAAUAAAGUGAAAGUAGAAGAUGCAGGUGAAUACAGUUGUGAAGCAGAGAAUGUGCUCGGCAGAGACACCGUCAGAGGCAAUCUGAAUGUGAAAAGUGUCACUACAACGCUCUCCUCUGGGCCUGGACACACUAGACAAUGCAAUGAAACAGUCAAGUCCUAUUGCGUCAACGGUGGAGUGUGCUACUACAUCGAGGGCAUAAACCAGCUGUCCUGCAGAUGUCCAAAUGGAUUCUUCGGACAGAGAUGUUUGGAGAAACAGCCUUUGCGAUUGUACAUGCCAGAUCCUAAGCAAAAAGCUGAGGAGCUGUAUCAGAAGAGAGUUCUAACCAUAACUGGGAUUUGUGUUGCAUUGCUUGUUGUGGGAAUAGUGUGUGUGGUAGCUUACUGUAAAACCAAAAAACAGAGGAAUCAAAUGCAUAACCAUUUGCGGCAAAAUAUGUGUCCAGCCCAUCAGAACAGAAACCUUGCAAACGGACCUAGUCACCCCCGGCUGGACCCUGAGGAAAUUCAGAUGGCUGAUUAUAUGUCGAAAAACGUUCCUGCUACCGAGCAUGUCAUACGAAGGGAAGCAGAGACCACUUUUUCAGGGAGCCAUUCUUGCUCACCAUCCCACCCGUGCUCCACGGGGUCUCCGACUUCAAGGCAAAGACACGGAAGCCACACUUGGAGCUUGGAGCAGACAGAAAGCCUGAGUUCAGACUGCCAGUCUGGGAUUAUGCUGUCUUCAGUGGGAACCAGCAACUGCAACAGCCCUGCCUGCGUGGAGGCUCGCGCUCGGAGAGAGGCUGCCUAUGCUCGCGAGGAGCAAAGGAUCCCCAUGAUGCAAUACAGAGACUCGGUGGAUUCCCUUCGAGACUCGCCACAUAGUGAGAGGUACGUAUCUGCCUUGACCACCCCAGCACGCCUGUCGCCGGUUGACUUCCAUUGCUCAGUAUCAGCCCACAUGCCCACCUUUGAGAUCACUUCUCCUAAUUCAGCUCAUGCAGUCUCCCUGCCUCCUGCAGCAUCCAUUAGUUUCCAGGUGGAGGAACAGCAGCCAUUGCUCCGAAGGUACCAGAUCCCUUCCCAAGAUAUGCAAAGGUACGAGAGUUACUACCAAAGAAGGAGCUACCUGAACGAGAGCACGGGGAGCAUGCCCUCCAGCCCCUUCCGCAUCACGGAGGACGAUGAAUAUGAGACGACGCACGAGUACAUCUCUGCACUAGAUCAGCCAAAGAGAACGGGCAGCAACAGCAGGCGGUGGAGAAAAUCUAAACUGAAUGGGCACCUGUCACACAGGGGCAAAAUGCUUAGAGACUCCUUUUCAGUGAGCAGCGCCUCGUACAGCGAAUCUGAUGAGGAGCUGGUGGCCGAGAGCACUCCUUUCUUAAGUAUGAGAAACAUGGAGGCAAUGGACCCUGAUUCACCCCCUCUGUAUCGCCUGGCCGAGAGCAGGACUUACUAUUCCUUCGACAGAUGCAACACACAGGGAGGAAGCCAACCGACACAUAAUAGCAGAUCCAACCAAGAUUCAGCACCCCCUUAGAGGCCACACCGACUCUUCCUCAUGCCCACUCCCAUGAACACACCAGGACCGAGGAAGGGGGGGGGAGAGGAACAACAGAAAAGACAAAUUUUUAUUUUAUAUAUAAAAAAAGAAAAAAAAUAUGAAAUGUUUUAUUUUCAUUUUAGCAAUGAUGUCUUAUAAUAGCUAAUGGCAAAGACCUUUUUAUAAGGAAUCUCUAUUUAUACGUAACAUCUUGAUUUACAGCUUCUGAGAAAAGAAGAAAUCAACAAAAAAAAUUGGAAGAGAUGGGCCAAUUUUUGACUACUUACAAAUCAUUUAAAAAAAAAUCGUGGUGCCUUUUGCUGUACGCUAAUGCCAGAGUCCACAAUGAAAAUUACAUUUAAGCAUUCUUGAGAUCAUGAGCUUUAUGUUCAGGACAAGUUGUUAUGGAAUAUUUUAAUAAGCACUUUUCCAUUUGAAGAAGAACACCCUUUUAAAUUGCUUGAUAUUUGGAUGUUGGUAAUCUAGUGCUUUUAAAGUGUUGCGCACACAUACACUUUCUCUUUUGUGCUCUCUCUCUCUC